CAGCAGAGCAACAACAACAACAAGGAGCUCGAUUGCGCACGGUGUGUCAUCAGAACGUGUAAAGUACUCUUGUUUCCUUGGUCUUGAAAUUCUGUGAAGUGAUUAGUAACGAGCGCAGCGGCCCUACACUGUAAACUUGGUGGAAGCGGUUGGUCUCCUCGACAUGGCCGGGUGGCCUGAGAUUGCCACUGCCAAGGAGGAAAACCGGCACGAGUUGAUCCUGUCGGGGCAGUCCAUUUCCGACAGGAUUUCCAAAAGCGGCUUGGAUCCGUCCUUGUUCCGCUUGACAGGCCUCAACUUUCUGCGCAUUUCUGAAACUUGCCUGGAGGCUGUUCCUGACUCCGUUAGCAACUUGCAAAGCCUCUUGACACUCGUUUUGGACUCCAAUAAAAUCAAGGCCCUAACCUCCUCUGUGAGCAAGUUGUCAAAACUGAAAAACUUGGAUGUGUCACGCAAUGUGCUGGAUGAUUUUCCGGAGGAGGUGUCAGUGCUCUCAGCACUGUAUUCACUCAACUGUUCAUUCAACAAACUGACAACAUUUCCUAGCCUUUUGCUGAAUCAUAGGCUCACGAUUCUAGAUUUGUCGAACAACUCACUAGAAGACUUUCCCGAUGUUUGUUCGGACAAAAUGGUUCACUUGUCAGAGAUAAGACUAGUCUCUAAUAAUAUCAAGGAGAUUCCACAUAACAUAAAUCUUCUUGCUUCUUUGAAACUUCUUGAUGUGUCAGAUAACAAGAUCAAAGAAGCUCCUGGUGAACUGACAGACAUCUCAAAACUUAAAGAAAUAAAUCUUAAGAAUAAUCCUUUGUCUGACAAAAGAUUAGGAAAAAUGGUGAUCCAAUGCCAUUCAAAGCAAGUGCUGGAGUACAUCCGACAACAUGGCAAAAAAGAGUCUUCAAAUUCUAAAACCUCGUCCAAAGGCAAAAAGGGUCAAAGAAAGUCAAGUAACAGUGAAUCCGGCCUGUCUUCCAAUGAAAUUCCAGACCCUGUGGACGAGCUUUGCAACAGAAUUGAUGUGUUGCACGUUACGGACAGUAUCCCAGUCAUAACUGUAGAUAAAGACGUGAAGGCUGUCAGACCAUAUAUACUUUGUUGCAUUGUUAAAAACUUAGUUUUCACCCCGGAUAGUUUCAAGAGAUUUAUCAAAAUUCAGAAUAAUUUGCAUGAUACUCUUUGCAAUAAGCGGCAGGCUGCUACUCUCGCCACUCACGAUAUGUCCCUUAUAGCUCCUGGUCCUCUGAAGUAUGUGGCUAGAGCUCCUGAUCAAGUCAAACUGCAGCCAUUGGGGAGUACAAAAGACACUUUAGCAUCAGUUGUAUUUGCCCGACUCAAGAGCCAUGCACAUUCUGUGAUGCAAGACAAAAAGAGGAACAAAUAUUCGGGGAUUCACAAGUUUUUAUACCUUCUUGAUGGAAAGCCAUUGUAUCCUUUCCUCAUUGAUGCAGCGGAUACAGUUAUCUCCUUCCCUCCCCUGACCAAUAGCAAUGUUUCCAAAAUGUCAGAGUCUUCAAAGGAGAUGCUGGUUGAAGUUACCAGUUCAGCAUCACUGGCCACAGCCAAGAAAGUGAUGGACACAUUUUUACUGGAAUGUGUUCGCCUGGGCAUUACACAGUCACCAGAGGUCACUGAAGGGGAGCAGGCCACUAAUGUUCCUGCUAGCAAAAUACUCACUGUACAACAAGUUAAAGUUGUAGAUUCUACUGGAGGCUUUCAAGCUGUUUAUCCUUCCCGAACUGAUCUUGCCUUUGAGGAGGCUGAUGCAGUAAAAGUUGUGCACAACUACAAUUAACUGUGAAAUAUACAUGGUUUGAAAAUACA